AUGAAGAUUUGUCUUUACAAUAAUAAAGUUGCUCCAGAUCUCACAAAUAAUUGCUCUGGAAAACUUAGAGGAAGAGGCGUUCGGCAACCCUUAAUUCUUCGAAAUUACACAAACCAAUCUCAAGGAAAAUUUAUUUCAUCAUUAAGAUCAACUCCGAUAGGUUUCAUCAGUCCUCCGUUCCCAAGGAAGCCGAAAAAAGAUAUUUCUUUUAGGUCAAAUCCGUGUAAAAUGGUCUUAAAAAUAAUUUUUCAUUCAUAAUUUUUUAUUUUUAUAUAGCUAAUUACAAAAGUUAUAUUUCAAAUAUAGAAAAUAUUUAUUCCUCAUUUUCCAGACCUUCAUCAUCUUACAAUAGAGCUAUUUCAUGCAGGAAUGAAAGAGGAAAAUCCCAUACUUCUUCAGCUCGGAAUGGCAGCACCUCUUGUGAUAGAAGACUUUCAGAGUCCUUUGAAUUCUCUCACAAGCCGAAAGAACUCUUAUCAAGAAUAAGAAAAAUAGGAUGCUGGACUGAUAAAUCAAGAUUGAAAAAAUACGAGGCUUUGUUUUUAUAG